AUGGGAAGCAACCUGAAGCAUUCACAGAAUUCAACCUUUUUGGCCACAUUUGAUUCGCAUGGGAGACGACAUGCAGAAGAAUUCACAGAAUUCAACCCUAGAGAACCUACGUCAAAUAAGGUCUCUGGCAGUGAGCUGGUCCAGAAGAUAGAUAAGAUAAAGAUAAUUAAUCGUUUCUACAGUUGGUAUUUUACAAGAUGCUCUCUGUUUUUAGAAAGGGUUGCUUGCAGAACGGGUUGGCGGGGCUCAAAGACUGGAAUAGCUGUAAAAAUGACCACCAUCCCUGGCUUCAUAGAAACUGUUAAAAGUCUAGAUAUGGCGGCAUGUGAUAGCCCUCGGGAUGUUUCCUUGAGGUUGACAGCUACAAAUAUUACUGUCGCCUAUAUUACUGUCAGCUACUUGGCCUCUAACAUUUUGAAAGUGAAAAUAGAACCUGCAAUUAUUAAUUUCAAUUACAAUUAUGAAGUUUUUCAAGAAGCAACUGAAGGCUUCUGUGCUGCAAACAAACUUGGGCAAGGAGGUUUUGCUGAAGUUUAUAAGGGGACACUCAAAGAUGGAAAAGAGAUUGUUGUUAAGAAGCUCUUUGUGACACAAUCAACACAAGCAAUGGAGGAAUUCCUUACAGAAAUUAAGAUUGUUAGUGGUUUUCUUCAUAGAAAUCUCAUCCGUUUGCUUGGGUGUUGCAGUAAGGGGCAGGAGCGAUUCCUAGUUUAUGAGUUUAUGCCAAACAGGAGCCUUGACCAGCAUUUGUUUGGGGAGGGGGGAAUUCAUCUCAAAUGGAUAGAUCGUUUCAAAAUAAUAACAGGCACUGCUCGUGGUCUUGUAUAUUUGCAUGAACAAUCUCACUUUCCCAUUGUACACAGAGAUAUCAAAACUCCCAACAUCCUUCUUGAUGAAAACCUGCAACCUAAAAUAGCAGAUUUUGGACUGGCCAAAUUUUUCCCAGAAGAUAAGACACAUCUUACAACCAGGGUGGGUGGAACCAUGUAA